GCUGUGAGCUGACUGCCAGUACCAAAUCCUACACGUUUCAGGUGGAUGAGGAAGAUGAUGCUGACCAUAUUUUGGCCCUGUCUGUGGUCUGCCUCACAGAUGGUGCCAAGGAUGAGUGCAACGUGGUGGAGGUCGUGGGGCGAAACCACGAGAACCAGGAGAUCGCUGUGCCUGUGGCGAAUCUGAAGUUGUCAUGCCAGCCCUUGCUGAGUCUGGACAACUUCAAGCUGCAGCCCCCGGUGACCUUCCGCCUGGCAGCCGGCUCUGGCCCGGUACACCUGCACAGGGAAGAUGCUUCCUUUGAGGAGGAGGAUGACUUGUCUGAGGAGGAGGAGGAGGAAGAGAAGGAGCUUGCUCCUAUCAUGCCAGCCAAGAAGUAGAAGCAGCAGUAACUUAUCUCCAGGCAAGGUACUCACUGGGACUUCUCUCCCUGGACGGCUUUUACCUCGGACACCUCUUACCAGGACCUCAACAUUUGCUGCUUUGUUUUUAUUUUUUUUUUUUUUCUGUUGUAACUUUUUGGGGAGCAGGGACUGCUCCCAGCACUGGGGUAUCUCCUUUCCCACAGCCCUGGGAGGUUGAUCCCAAAACUGGAUGGAUGCUGCUGGUACAUCCCCCCUCCCCUCUCCCUGCGGUGGGGGUCGGAGAUGGAGGAGGUGAUCCUUGCCCUGUGCCUUUUUGCUGUCCUGGACCUCUGCUCUGUGCACCCCCUCUCCCUGGCUCUGAAAUACCCAGUCCUGGCCCCUUUCCCAUCAGAUGGACAUAAAGCCAGUGAUGGGACAGGCAGUUUCACUGUUUCUGGUGUGUUUGCUUUUCUUUACUCACAAUUUGAUGGUUUUAAUACA